GGGGUAUCAACCUCAGAUAAAAGCAACCUGAAGAGCUGUUGGCAUCCUUGAGGCACCUUAAAAAAAAAUAUCAUCAUAAGCGACAACAUCACAUAUUUGCUGCAAGGAUGACUUCCAUCACAAAGCUCCCCUGUGAGGUCAUGACCUCAGUCAUGCGAGAGCUAGGCAAUAUACGCUUCCUUCUGCCCUGUCUUCUCACCUGCCGCUAUUUCUACGCGUGCUUCAAAGCAGAUCUGAACCUUGCGGCCGACAUCUUGGAGCAGCAACUCACCCCGGCUCUCGUGCCUUAUGCAAUCGCCGUGUUGGAAGCAUCGCAACUCAAUCCACGAACUGGACCUUUAGUCCUGGAGCUGCUCAAAACGUUCAUCAAGGAACCGUCCAAGCUGAGAAGCCAGCUCAGAACGCUACCAGUCCCUCUCCUUGUGAAAAUGGGCAAAUUGCAUGACCCAAUCCAGAGUUUGGCGACUCAAUUUGCUGACCACGCAUGGGCUCAUAUCAUCAAUGACCAAGGAUCACAGACGGAUCGUAACAUCUGCCUGUCACCGACGGAAAAUUAUCGCUUUUGCCGAGCUUUCUACAAAUUCGAACUGUUUUGCAACCUCUUCCGCAGCACCAUGCCGACUGGUUUCGUAUCGGUCAGUGAUGAAGAGAGAAGGUGGUUCUUUGCACAAUACGCGCCAUGGGAAAAUGAACAGCUAGCCAGCGUUCAUGACUUUCUCGAGCUCAAGUUUUCCGAAGCUUCAUAUGACGUUCUUGCUCACGACAUCGAGUUUGGCACGUUGGGAAUCGACUAUCUCACGGCUGGUGGCGAUAAUGGCUGGAGGCAGGUCUGGCUAUCCCAAGGCAUUGAUUUCAUCUACCGAAUGAUGAAUGAGACCUCAUACGAUGCAAAAAGGGCACUAUUAAAGUCUUCGUAUGGUACCAGUAGCGCGUAUCUCUAUGAUGCGCUCACAUCCAUACCCGAAGUUGACUUGAAUGACGAUACCCCACUCGCCGACUACACCGAUGAAGAUCUAGAGACCAUGUUUCCAACUUCCGAUGAUGAAGACACCGACAAGGGUCCAGUUAAAGCGUUCCGAGUGGCCUACAGCAACUUGCCCCGUAGCAUGUGGGCCAUGCUCACAAAAAACUCUGGACUGAGGGAGCGGGCCUACGUGUUUUGGAGUUUGAAUCGUCUCGAGAGAUAUGAUCUAUUGGAGCUCUUUAAAAAUGCUCCAAAAGACUCUGAGCUUUUGAGAGCUGUGAAUGGCUGGGGUGAUAUGUUCAAGUCGUUUGAAGAGCGUUCAAAGAUCAAGCAGAGGGGUGGCUCGGGUUACUGGAGCAAAGACGACGAAAGCAGGAUUGUGUGGCCGGCGAGGCAAGCUGGGGGAUGUUUGAGGUAGGGAUAUAUGAGGUUCAUAUUUUGAAGGCAUACAGCUAAAGGAGCCAAGUAUGAGCUUUUGGCAAAAAAGGGUCAACCUAUUUUAAGCGUCUAUUUCAUAUCUUAGCCAGAAUGUAGUCAGUACGACUUUCAUAUCCAUAUCUUAGUCCAGCAGAGAGCAUAUAGAUCCAGAGCAUCUAAAGCAGUCUUCUCAAAGCAUCAUUUUGAGCGGUGAAUAAUACGACGACGGCAACCCUACAAUUAUAUACGAGUAUUUGCACGGCACUUACUGACCUUCUAUUCAGCGCCGUAU